GAUUCGCUUGUGAAGUUGUGACGGUUUCUGAUUUUGGAGGUUAUACCUAAUAAUUUGUAAACAAACAAAUUUGUACCUACGUUUUUAAAAAUUAAAACAAGAUGAGUAGUAAACCAAACUCAAAACGUACCAUAUACGUUGGUGGAUUAGCCGAGGAAGUAGAUGAGAAAGUUUUACACGCCGCUUUCAUUCCGUUCGGUGAUCUUGUUGAUGUGCAAAUACCCUUGGAUUAUGAAACUGAAAAACACAGAGGCUUUGCGUUUAUUGAGUUUGAGAAUGCUGAAGAUGCAGCAGCCGCUAUCGAUAACAUGAAUGACUCGGAAUUAUUUGGUCGCACAGUAAGAGUGAAUGUAGCUGCACCUCAGAGAAUAAAAGAAGGAUCCACAAGACCCGUGUGGUCAGAGGACAGUUGGUUACAGAAGCAUGCUGGUGAGACCCUGGGCGUUGAUAAAGACAAUGAGGAUAAAACUAAUGAAGGAAAAACUGACACUGUUACAGCUAUCGCACCAAAGGUUACAGAAAAAAAGAACCCGCAAGUAUAUUUCGACAUCUGUGCUGGUAAGCAAGAGAUUGGCCGCAUUAUAAUGAUGCUUAGAGCAGACAUAGUUCCAAAGACUGCAGAAAACUUUAGAGUGCUGUGUACACAUGAAAAGGGGUUUGGUUACCAGGGUAGCAGCUUUCAUAGGAUCAUUCCGGACUUUAUGUGUCAAGGUGGUGAUUUCACGAAUCACAACGGUACAGGAGGGAAAUCAAUAUAUGGGAAUAAGUUUGAAGACGAGAAUUUCACAUUAAAACACACUGGUCCCGGUAUAUUGAGCAUGGCGAACUCGGGGCCUAAUACAAAUGGAUCACAGUUCUUUCUAUGUACAGCUAAAACAGAAUGGCUCGACGGAAAGCACGUUGUGUUCGGUCACGUGAUCUCCGGUUUGGAUGUUCUGAAGAAGAUGGAACGAUACGGAAGCAAGGGUGGGACCACGUCCGUGAAAGUUACUAUAAGCAAUUGUGGAGAAUUACAAUAGUUUUUACUGA